GAAAUCCCGGAAAUUUGUUCCCAUGGAAUCCGAUGCGAAAACAAUGGAGCAUCAAAUUCUCGUCGCUUUUGAGCCAUAAUUAAAGCAGGUGAAUUGUUGGAGGAGACGAAGAAAUCGGGGAUCGAUGGAGCACCCUCACGCGUUUAACGUCUCCGGCCCUCGCAAACUUCCUUCCAUCAACUGGAAGGACCUCAUCAACUCCACCUGGAAGGAUCCCAAUUACAAGAGGACAGUGAUGGCCUGCUUCAUCCAAGCAGUCUACUUACUCCAACUCGACGCUCAAGAAAACAGAAGCAAGGAAAAUGGACUGGCUCCCAAAUGGUGGAAGCCCUUCAACUACAGACUGGUGGAAGCCCUCAUAGACGAGCGAGAUGCUUCAAUCUUCGGCGCCAUCCUCGAAUGGGACCGCGCAGCAGCCCUCCAACAGCUACUGCUCAUCAAGCCCAGUGGCGCGCCCAGGGCUGUGCUGGCCCUCAGGGGCACCCUCCUCAAGGCCCCCACAGCCAGGCGCGACAUCCAAGAUGACCUUCGCUUUUUAGCUUGGGAGAGUUUGAAAGGCUCGGUCAGGUUCGCCGCAGGCCUCACGGCGUUGAGAUGCCUCUCCGACAAGUACGGCAGCGCCAACGUCUGCAUCGCCGGCCAUUCCUUGGGGGCCGGUUUUGCUCUCCAGAUUGGCAAGGAGUUGGCCAAACAAGGAGUGUGUGUUGAGGCGCAUCUCUUCAAUCCGCCGUCCGUGAGCUUUAAAAGUGUGGGGGGUAUGGUGUGGACGAGGAUCAAGUCGUUGCUUCCUUUGAGAGGCGGCGGUGAUGGGUCGAGAUCGGUGGUGGAGACGGAGAUGAAGCAGUGGAUGCCUCAUUUGUAUGUGAACAACAGUGACUACAUUUGCUGCUAUUAUAGUGAUGCGGAGGUGAGCGGUGGUGCGAAGGUGUUUGUGGCGGCGAAAGGGAAGCAGAGGUUCGUGGAGGCGCAUGGGCUGGAGCAGUGGUGGUCCGAUGACUUGGAGAUGGAGAUGGCGCUUAAUAAUAGUAAGCUCAUUAGUAGGCAGCUUCAGUCUUUGUAUUCUUCCAAGAAUCCAUGACCAGCUGUUUUGAUAUGCUUCUUCUUUUACCAGUGUUGGAGAUGUGUUAAUGACGAAAUAUGUGGUGGUGGUGGUGGUGGUAUUCACACAACGAAAUACUACUAAAAAAGUUACUGAUAAUCUCAUCAGUUGGAUUUGCAAUACAGUUGUAUGGAUCUUGGCCCCUUAAAUGUCUUACAAGAGAGAUUUCAUGAUUUGCAAAUAUAAUGUGAAUUAUGGACU